AUGGCCGAAAACAUUUACAGCAAGGGUACCAGGGUAUGGUUCACCGACAAGGAGCAUGGCUGGAUAACUGCAGAAGUCACCUCGGUCAUCAGGAAUCCUGACGACACCGUUAAACUUGUGUUCGUAGACGAACGCGGCAAGGACAUCUCCAUCGAUACCACCGUGCAAGAUAUCAAGAACGGCAAGGACAGUUUACCUCCACUACGGAAUCCACCUUUAUUAGAGACCGCCGACGAUUUGGCCACACUCUCUCACCUUAAUGAGCCUUCAGUGUUACACACCAUUCGGAACCGUUAUGCACAGCACAGCAUAUACACCUACAGCGGCAUUGUACUGAUUGCUGUGAACCCGUUCCAGCGGGUCACCCUUUAUGGCCCGGAGAUCAUUCAAGCAUAUAAUGGGCGGCGGAGAGGAGAACUGGAGCCGCAUCUUUUUGCCAUUGCCGAGGACGCCUAUACUGCGAUGAGCAGGGAUGGUAUGGGGCAAACAAUCAUUGUUUCUGGAGAGAGUGGAGCAGGAAAGACCGAAUCUGCGAAGUUCAUCAUGAGAUAUCUUGCCUCGGUCAAUCCUCCGAACGUUAAGAGCAAAGGGAGGACUAAGAUCUCUCUGGACGAGUCAAGUGAAGUGGAACGCCAGAUCCUUGCUACAAAUCCUGUACUUGAAGCCUUCGGAAAUGCCAAGACCACGCGGAACGACAACUCUUCUCGCUUCGGCAAGUACAUCCAAAUUCUGUUUGACGGCGAUCAAGAAAUCGUCGGUGCACGGAUUCGGACAUAUCUGCUGGAGCGGUCCCGGGUCGUCUUCCAACCACUCACAGAGAGGAACUAUCACAUAUUCUAUCAGCUAUGUGCGGGUGUGCCACUCAAGGAGCGGAAAGAUUUAGGACUCGACACGGACGUGUCUAAAUUCCAAUAUCUUAGUCAAGGUGGUCCCCAAUCGACACCAAUACCUGGUAUUGACGACGCGGAGGAUUUCCGGCAAACGCAGACCGCGCUUUCCACCAUCGGAAUCAGUGUCGAGAAACAGUGGGCUGUCUUCAAGCUGUUGUCGGCCUUACUUCAUCUCGGAAAUGUCAAGAUCGCUCAGAUGCGCUCGGACUCCAAUAUUGACGAUACGGAUCCAGCGUUGCAACUGUCCACGCGGUUCCUAGGCGUCUCUCUGGCAGAUUUCAAAAAGUGGACCAUCAAGAAGCAGAUCACCACACGGUCCGAGAAAAUUGUCACCUCCCUCAAUGCUGCACAGGCCACGGUUGUUCGAGACAGUGUCGCCAAAUUCGUAUACGCUUGUCUGUUCGAGUGGCUGGUCGCAAUUGUCAACGAGAGCUUAGCAGGAGAAGGUGGCGAGGCUGCCAGCCGGGCCGAGAUGUUCAUUGGUGUGCUUGAUAUCUAUGGGUUUGAGCACUUUAAGAAGAAUUCGUUCGAACAGUUUAGCAUCAAUUAUGCGAACGAGAAACUGCAGCAAGAGUUCAAUGCCCAUGUCUUCAAACUAGAACAGGAAGAGUAUGUUCGGGAGAAGAUCAACUGGACUUUUAUUGAGUUCUCUGACAACCAACCUUGCAUCGAUGUUAUCGAAGGCAAACUGGGCGUCAUGGCCCUCUUGGAUGAGGAGUCUCGUCUUCCGUCAGGUACCGAUGCGUCAUUCCUGCAGAAGCUGCACAACCAGCUUGGGAAGCCGGAGAAUAGCAAAGUAUUCAAGAAGCCACGCUUCGGUAAUUCAGCAUUCACUAUCGCACACUACGCCUUGGAUGUCACCUAUGAGGUCGAGGGCUUUCUGGAGAAGAAUCGAGACACGGUUCCGGACGAGCACAUGGCCUUGUUGAUGGCGACGAAGAACCACUUCUUGAAAGAAGUCCUUGACGCUGCUUUUGCUGCUACGAAGGCUCCAGAAAUGGCACCUCCUGGCUCACCGACGGUCUCAGAUUCUGCCAGUGGAGGCUCGCGUCGUUCUUCUAUCAUUCCCGAUCCGGGACGCCAAUCUCUGAUAUCAUCUAUUGUGUCAUCUGGUGCCAAACGUCCAGGAGGCGUAGCUCGAAAGCCGACGCAAGCGUCUAUAUUCAAAGCCUCAUUAGUGAAUCUGAUGGACACCCUCGAUGUCACAAAUGUGCAUUACAUUCGUUGCAUUAAGCCAAAUGAGCAGAAGAAGGCCUGGGAGUUUACGCCUCAACAGGUGCUUGGUCAACUGCGUGCUUGCGGUGUGCUAGAGACUAUUCGGAUCAGUUGCGCAGGAUACCCUUCUCGCUGGACAUAUGAAGAAUUCGCAGAACGGUACUACAUGCUCGUACAUUCAUCGGAGUGGGGCCCCAUAAUUCAGAAGCUAGAGCUCAAGGAGCUAUGUUCGCUCAUCUUAGACAGGACGAUCAAUGACCCCGACAAGUAUCAGCCCGGCCUCACGAAGAUUUUCUUCCGAGCAGGCAUGCUAGCCGCUCUCGAGUCAUUGCGUUCUGGUCGAUUAAACGCGUUGGUCACUAUUGUCCAGAAGAACAUGCGUAGACGUAUGGCCGUGAAGAAAUACCAGACUCUCCGACAUGCAACCAUUAAGAUCCAGACAUGGUGGCGUGGUAUCAUGGCUCGUAGAUUCGUAGAAGCUGUUCGCCGUGAAGUUGCGGCUAUUCGGUUGCAGACCUGUGUUAGGUGCUUCGUCCAGCGAAAACGAUUCUUGGAUAUCAGGCAAGGAGUUGUCCGUUUUCAAGCCCGUGUUCGUGGAGCACAAGCUCGUCGCCUUUUCACCCAGUCCAGAAGGAUACAUGCUGUUACCCUAUUGCAAAGUUUGUUGCGUGGAGUACUGGCGCGGAGAUCGCAUCGACAUGAUACACAGCGUGUUAUCCUCAUACAAUCUUGCAUCCGUCGCCGGUUAGCCCGCAAGGAACUCAAGGCUCUCAAAACUGAAGCCCGAUCGGUGUCUAAAUUCAAGGAGAUCUCAUAUCGCCUAGAGAACAAGGUUGUAGAACUCACUCAGAACCUACAAAAGCGAACGGAGGAGAAGAAGGAGCUGCAGAGCAAGCUGGCUGAGGUGGAGCAGCAGUUCCAGCAGAUGGUCUCGCGGCACGAGGAGACCGAUGCCAGGGCGAGACAGUUCCAGUCCGAAUUGCAGGGCGCACAGAAGGAACUCACUCAUCGCGAGGAACUGUUGCUUGCCAAAGAAGACGUGGAGAAACGUUUGGAGGAUGCCCUUGCCAAGGCAGCGGAAAAGGAGGAUGCGAUUCAGAGGUUGACGGAUACGCUGGCGUAUCAAGCCGCUCAACUGGAGACGCAACAAAAGGCCAUCGACAACGUUCCUGUGAGGAAUGCAGACGACAGCUCUAUUAUCUUGACCUUGAAGAACGAAGUUAGCAAUCUGCGCGAACAAGUGAACCGCGCCAAUGCUCUCAGUGCUCUGACAAGAGGGUCACGCGGGGAACCGACAUCACCCACAUUCGCCACAGGUUUGCGCGUCGGGGAUGUUCCCAGUCCCAACGGUGCUGCACUUGGUGUCGCUAACGGCAGGCACCAGCGGAGACAUAGCUCGGCUGGCGUGUAUGCGAUUAGCCCAGUGGACAAUCGUUCGUCAGCAGAUGAGAUGAUGAUGAUGGCGAAACGGAGUCAGGUAUCGAAUCCUCGCGCUGUAUCAGUUGCUUACAACGGCGAGGAUGGCUUACCACGAUUCCGUGCUCCCAAUGGCUUGAAUGGCUUUACUGAUACGUACGACCCUGCUGAGGAAAAGAUCCGGUUGAUGCAGGAUAUCAAACGCUUGGACGAGGAUGUCCUCGACGGCCUUAUCCGUGGUUUGAAGAUUCCUGCUCCAAGUACGACAAAUCCAUCGGCGGUCAAGGAGAUCUUAUUCCCCGCAAACCUCAUCAGUUUGAUCACCAACGAGAUGUGGAAAUAUGGUCUUAUCCCCGAGAGCGAACGAUUCCUUGCAAAUGUCAUGCAAACAAUCCAGUCGCACGUUAUGUCCUUCGCAGGGGAAGACUCGAUUGUACCCGGGGUCUUCUGGUUGUCGAACGUCCACGAGAUGCUGUCUUUCAUCUAUGUCGCCGAAAGUGACAUGCUGCAAGGCAUCGGACCGGGGGAGGAAAACGCAGUGCGUCCGUUCGAAUGGGCGGACUACGAGCGCCUCGUUUCCGUGGUGAAGCACGACCUGGACAGCCUGGAGUACAACAUCUAUCAUACAUGGAUGUUGGAAACGAAGAAACGGCUGUCUAAGAUGGUCAUUCCAGCUCUGAUCGAGAGUCAAUCGCUACCCGGCUUCACAACGACAGACGGUGGUGGCAGGCUGUUCAACCGGUUGCUCAACUCGAAUACCCAGCCGGCGUAUAGCAUGGACGACAUCCUGAACUUGUUCAACAAGGUCUGGAAGAGUCUGAAGAGCUAUUACAUGGAGGAGUCGGUUGUUCAGCAGGUCGUCACGGACCUUCUGAAGCUGAUUGGCGUCACGAGCUUCAACGACCUGCUUAUGAGACGCAACUUCUCCUCGUGGAAGCGGGCUAUGCAGAUCCAGUACAAUAUAACACGCAUCGAGGAGUGGUGCAAGUCGCAUGAUAUGCCCGAGGGCACUCUACAACUGGAACAUCUGAUGCAAGCCACAAAACUGCUUCAAUUGAAGAAGGCCACACAGGCUGAUAUAGAGAUUAUAUACGACGUCUGCUGGAUGCUCACACCAACGCAGAUCCAACGCAUGUGCACAAACUACUACGUUGCUGAUUAUGAGAACCCCAUUUCGCCUGAGAUUUUGCGAGUAGUGGCCUCACGAGUCAUGCCUAACGACCGCAACGACCACCUGCUCCUUGCGCCUGAGACAGAGGAAGUCGGGCCGUACGAACUGCCCUUCCCGCGUGAAGUCUCGGGCCUGGAGACUUAUGUUCCUGCAUACCUGAACGUCCCGCAUCUUCGACGAGUCGCUGCUCUGGUAGCAUAG